AUGAUCCAAAUAACCAGCGUUGAAGACGUGAUGUUGCCCGGACAAGGAUUUGCUAUUUUGCUUUUUCUUUACAGCUUCAAAACGGGGACUGCACUGGUGGACUCUGAUGAUGUCAUCACGCGUGACGAGCAGAUCUUCGUGUUGAUGGGCGCUCACGCCAAGUGCGAGAAGAGCAUUGAGUCGCAAAUGGCGGUCCUGCAAGAAGGCGAUUGCGUACCCGAGUGGGACGGCAUUAUCUGCUGGCCGAGCGGCGGUUCUGCCCAGCUGGUGUCGGUUCCGUGUCCCGACUACAUCUACGACUUCAACCACCGAGGUCGGGCGUAUCGCCGAUGCGACCCGGCGGGCCGCUGGGAGCGAGUGGCUGCCGUCAACCGCACCUGGGCUAACUACAGCGAAUGCACCGCCUACUUGUCGCAUGAUUAUCGGACACAUGAAGAGAAGGUGUUUGAGCGUCUGCACCUGAUGUACACGGUGGGCUACUCCAUUUCGCUGGCGUCGCUGCUGGUGGCCGUCUUCAUCCUCUGCUACUUCAAGCGCCUCCACUGCACACGCAACUACAUCCACGUGCACCUCUUCACCUCCUUCAUCUGUCGAGCGGUCAGCAUCUUCAUCAAGGACGCCGUGCUCUACUCGGUGUCCGCCGAUUCUUCCGCACCAGAACUUGACCUAGUUGGACCGAAACAGCACAUGGCCGGCUGCAAAGCCGCUGUCACGUUUUUCCUCUACUUCCUGGCGACCAAUCAUUACUGGAUCCUAGUGGAAGGCCUUUACCUCCACAGUCUCAUCUUCAUGGCCUUCCUCUCUGAUAAGAACUACUUGUGGGCCCUCACUGUCAUCGGCUGGGGCGUUCCUGCUUUGUUCGUGUCCAUUUGGGUCAGCGUGCGAGCUUCGCUAGCCGACACGCAAUGCUGGGACAUCAGCGCCGGAAACCUCAAGUGGAUUUAUCAAGUUCCCAUUCUGGCAGCUAUUGUUGUGAAUUUCUUGCUUUUCGUCAACAUCAUUCGCGUUUUGGCCUCCAAGUUGUGGGAAACCAAGACUGGAAAACUGGAUCCUCGACAACAAUACCGGAAACUUCUCAAGUCCACUCUGGUACUCAUGCCCUUAUUCGGAGUCCACUACAUGGUCUUCAUGGCGCUGCCUUAUACUGAAGUUUCGGGGUUGCUGUGGCAAGUGCAGAUGCACUAUGAGAUGUUCUUCAACUCGUCACAGGGCUUUUUCGUGGCGUUCAUCUACUGCUUCUGCAAUGGCGAGGUGCAAGCUGAGGUCAAGAAGGCGUGGCUAAGGCGGAGCCUCGCAUUGGACCUCAAACAAAAAGCCAGAAUCAACAGCAGCAACGGCGGCGGCAGCUGUUACUACGGCGGCAUGAUGUCGCACGCCACCACCACUCACAGCGUCUGCACUUCUGCUGCCAACCACCGGGCGUUUCCCCCCGUCAACGGAGGGGCGGGGCUCAGGAUGCCCCGCCCAUACGCCUUCCAAUUACAGAGCGCUCUACCGAGGUACGCGGCCGGCGAAUGCGGGAACGGCGGUGUCUUUGCCAGGCAUGCCAGGGGAGGUAAGAAACACGACGAUCCGACGAGUUCUCCAACAGACUUUCCCGGAGAAGCCGAUCCGGACUCUUCCUUGUCGGUGAAAGAACUAGAGACUGUCUUGUAG